UCGCAGCCCACUCUUCAGAUGAACCCCGAUACCUACACCACCACGACUCGAUGGUUCGUUCCCCCAAAAGUCCGUCAGAACGCCAAGGUCUUGGAGGUCCCUUACUACGAGGGCGAGGAGCCCGCUCUCGAGAGCUUCACCCUCAACUUUGGUCCGCAGCAUCCCGCUGCCCACGGUGUGCUCCGUCUCAUUCUGGAGCUGAAGGGUGAGGUCAUUGUGCGCGCCGACCCCCACGUCGGCCUGCUGCACCGUGGCACGGAGAAGCUGAUCGAGUACAAGACCUACCUCCAAGCCCUCCCCUACUUUGAUCGUCUCGACUACGUCUCGAUGAUGUGCAACGAGCAGGCCUACUCGCUGGCUGUCGAGAAGCUCCUCAACAUCGACAUCCCCAUCCGCGCCAAGUACAUCCGUGUCCUCUUUGGCGAAAUCACCCGUAUCCUCAACCACAUUAUGGCCACCACCACCCACGCUCUCGAUGUCGGUGCCCUGACCCCCUUCCUGUGGCUCUUUGAGGAGCGUGAGAAGCUCAUGGAGUUCUACGAACGUGUCUCGGGUGCCCGCAUGCACGCCGCUUACGUCCGCCCUGGCGGUGUCUCUCUGGAUCUGCCUAUCGGCCUCCUGGACGACAUUUACCAGUGGGCCCUGCAGUACGGUGGCCGCAUCGACGAGCUGGAAGAGUCGCUCUCCAACAACCGUAUUUGGAAGGGAAGAUUGAUCGGCAUCGGCAAGGUCACUGCCCAGCAGGCCCUGGACUACUCGUUCUCGGGUGUCAUGCUGCGAGGCUCCGGUGUCGCCUGGGAUCUCCGCAAGGAGCAGCCCUACGACGGAUACGAGAACUUUGAGUUCGACAUCCCCGUCGGCACCAACGGCGACUGCUACGACCGUUUCCUGUGCCGUGUCGAGGAAAUGCGACAGUCGCUCCGCAUCAUCAGCCAGUGCAUCAACAACAUGCCUGGCGGCCCCGUCCGCGUCGACGACGCCAAGAUCGCUCCUCCCUUCCGCGCCGACAUGAAGACCUCGAUGGAAUCGCUGAUCCACCACUUCAAGCUGUACUCUGAGGGCUACUCUGUUCCUCCCGGCGAGACCUACACUGCCAUCGAGGCCCCCAAGGGCGAGUUUGGCGUCUACAUCGUCUCGGACGGCUCCAGCCGCCCGUACAGAUGCAAAAUCCGCGCUCCCGGAUUCCCCCACUUGGCUGGUGUUGACUUUAUGGGCAAGGGCCACUUCAUUGCCGAUGCCGUAACAAUCAUUGGUACCUGCGAUGUUGUCUUUGGUGAAAUCGAUCGCUAG